CGGGGGCACUGACUGCCGGGCACUGACUCAGACCCGGGGACACCCGCUGCAGCCGUCAUGCCCAGAUUAAAGGGCAAGUCUAGCAAAGGCAAGAAGGGCAAAAGGAAGAAGAUUGGGAAAAAUGAAUCUCGUACGGACCGUGAGUCUGAGGCAGAAAGAGCUAAAGCUAAUGCAUCACUGUGGGAAGCGCGGCUAAAAGUCACCGAAUUGUCACGCACAGAGUAUCGCGAGGCGGCCCGCGGUCUCGCCGAGAACAAUGAGGAGCUGACAAAGCAUCAGUACCAGCUAGAGAGGGACUUGCUCCAUGUGAUUGGCUUCCUCAAGAAACAGGAAACCGAGAAGGAUGACAUGAUUGACAAAUUACAGCACCAGCUGAUAACACAGAAGGAAUCUGCACAGGAGGAGAAGCAGCUGUUGGUGGAAACUUAUGGCCAGAGAAUUGCAGAUCUGGAGAACAAAUAUUGUGAGAAAGUAAAGGAAAUGCAGCUUCUUCAGUCGGAGUUCAGAAUGAUCAAAGAAUUUCGUAGACGGAAAAUGGAAUUGGAGAAAGAACUUGACGAAGUGAAAGAGAAUUUGCGCCGAACCAACAAGGAACACACAGAUGCUCUGAGCAGUGCUGAGCGACGCUUCCUAGAGGAGAAGCAACGUCUGGAAAAAGAAGCAGAGAAGAAGAUUAUGAUGUUGGCACAAAGAGCACACAAUGAGGCAGUAAUGCAACUGGAUGAGGUCGGGAGAUCUGUUUUCAAGGAGAAUGUGCGUCUCAAGGAGGCUUUUUCAUAUCAUCUGAGUGAAAUGGAUGAGUUGAAGAAGGAGAAAAAGCAUCUGAUGGAUGGAAAUUCUGAGCUGUUGCAGGAAAAGGAAACCAAUCAGAUGUUAGUACAAGAGAAGGUACUUCAGACGGCUCAGAAGAAAACGCAGGUCCAGGAGCUUCAGCAGAAGGUCAGAAGCCUGGAGUCUGCUCUAGAACAAGUGACUCUAGAACUGGAGAACCAGGUGACAAGACAGCAGCAAACACAAGAGCAUUCUGGGCAGGUGCAGAAACUACACAAGAUGCUGGAGAUAAAGGAUCGAGAGAUUAACAGGGUCAAAAAGCUGGCUCGGAAUAUUGUUGAGGAACGGACAGAGCUAGAAUAUUUCUUCUUAGAGGCCCUUGCACAGGUGAAGCAGGAGAUUGUCGCCAGCAGGAACCAUUAUAGGCACAUGGCACACGAAGCGUAUCUAGGAAAGAUGAUGAUCGCAACCUCAGGAGCAGAACCAUAUCCCAAGAUCAGAACCUUCCAUAACAAAGAGCACAGCACCAAUGAUGUACACCAGGACCUAGCAGAGGCCGAGAAAUGGUAA